UCUAGUUAAAACUGAAAUUAGCAAACUGAUAUUAAUUUCAAUUAUUUCGAAAAAGUGGAACAGGCUUAUCUUUCCAAAACGUUUAUUGUUCAUUAACUAGUGGUAUAAUACUUUACGGUGUUAAUUAGUUGUUUUCUUAAUGCUACAAAAGCAAGUAGCGUUUAACCUUAAUAGGUGGUUCGCAGACUUUAGCAUCUCUUUCUCCGUAAUUAUUCUAACGAGCUUAACAUCUACCAAAAGAAAAAAGACCGCUUCUGUUAUUUACAUCUUUGCACUUUCGUUUUCGCACCGGCACCUCAGUUGAACUCGAAACCGGGCCAUUUUUGUAUACGUUCUUCAUUUCAACGUCAAAUAGAAAUUCUGACACAGUUGCCACCGCCAAAGAAAUAAGUGAAAUUCGGUUAUUUAGUACCUUACCGGAUGACUCGGACGCACUUCGAUCUGCUACCUCGACCGUGCUGCAGCAACAACAACUACCAAUAGAGGAGGAUUUUGCAGACGAAUAUUUGGUAAAAACCUGUUACGCGAAGAAAAGCAGAAAAAAAAGAAGAUAGUUAAAAUGAGGUCCAAAGUGGUUCUGGUAGUCUUGACGCUCGCCGUUUUCGUCCGCUCGAAUCCAAUUGAUGCAAACCAAUUGCAGAUUACUUCUGCGCAAAGAGGAAUUUGGGACGUCGUUGGGAAUUGGAUCCAAGGAUCGGAUUGGUUUCCUAUACAGAUCAACAUUCCGCAGACGUUCGGCUCGAUUGGAAAUGGGAUAAUGACCUUUGCAAACGGAAUAGUUCAGAGGAUUCCCUUCAUUAAUAAUAGGCCUGAAGUGGUGAGACCCAGACCCCACAACUAUAUGAUCGUCGUUCCGCUACACAAGGAUAACAACUACCUGAACGAGGAGGUGCUCACAUAUCCGUAGGUUUUAAUUUAUAUUUGUAUUUAUUAUUGAAUCUGUUAUUUUAAUAAAUUAUUACACAAAAUAUA